AUGAUAUUUAUGAUAAACCAAAAACCUUAUGUUGUGAUUUGUAUUAUAACUUUGUUACUAUUGACUUUAUGUAUUAUAAGUCAAGCUAAAGUUGAUGCUGGAGCUAUAUGUGAGGCGAACACAAAACCUCAAUCUACUUUAGAGAAAAUCAGCACGGAUGAUAAUCCUUUGGAAAAUGUAAAGUCAUUAUUGAGUCCAGUAAUUUUCAUCUUUAACCUUCUUUAUACUAUAGUAUCAUAUAUAUUUUCAUUCAUUCUUUAUGUCUUAAGCCCAGUCUUUUGGAUCUUAGAAGGAUUAUUUAAUGUAUUCAUUCUAACACCAUAUACCAUUACGCAGAAAAUAUAUUCAUAUUUCUAUCCAUUAUAUAUGUUUUUGACCAUAGCAUCUAUAUUCGGGUUUCUUGUUGGUGGCAUGGCAGGAUGGUUUUCAGAAGUCAUUGCUGGAGUUUUGACAACUCCUUCGAGAAAUGAAUUAUCCUAUGUCGAACAGGAAAAUGAAAGAAAGAGAACGGACAAAUUGAAAAGACGUGUUCAAGCUUUAGCAAAUAUGAGGGCCAGAAAUGGUGGAAGGAUGCCCGAAGAGUUUUAUGACAAAUAUAUGAACGCUCAAAACAGACAAGGAAUGAUACAACGAGGACAAGGUUAUCCUUAUCAACACAACAAUAAUAUGGAAUACAGGGGUUAUACUGGUAUAGGAGAAAAUUAA